UUCGAAUGGUGAAUAAUAAAUCUACCAGAAAAUUGCUCCAAAGAAGAGCAAUCUCCAUCAAUGGCUUCAGAGCUAGGCAGAAAAGGUCUAAACUAGCAUACUUUACCACAAGUGAUAGAGUAGAUGAGGAGACACAAGGAUCUAGCUUUGACAAGGUUAUCACUGACUACGAAUCUGAUGAAAAAUUGCUAGAAGACUCCUCAGAAAUUUCCAGUACUAUUGAUGCUGAAAAAUUUAUCCCCACUGCUAUCAAAACUAUUGUGAUCGCGAAUAAGGCAAAUCGGAGCAUUCAUAUUGAAAACUCAGAGAAAAAGCCUAAGAGUAGAAGCAGCAAGAGGAGAAUCAGACGUCUCAGAAGUAGCUACAAUUUCAGAUCAAAUAUUAAUAAAUUGAAAAAUCAGAAAACACUUCAAGGAUUCUUGCCAAGGUUCCAAGGCAGCAAUAAUGUUUCCGUACAAGUCUCUGAGUCCUCUAUGCAAUCAUAUACAAGCAGCAAGAUGAUGACAGCUGUUUAUGAUGAGUUUCCAACCAACAGUAACAUUAUAAACUUUCAUAAGGCAGUGAUGUCUAAGAUGCAUAACUAUAUGAACUUAUCCAAGGUCGAUUUCCAAGAUUCCUCAAAAUAUCAUAAUCAAAAAUCUGGUCAGUCAUCCAUUAAGCACCCAUCAAUUACCUGCAAGCUCAAGAUGUCUGCUGCCAACAAGAUUAGGUGUGCUAAGUCAAGAUGUCCAAAAAGAUUCAGGAUUCCUCUCAAGGGAGCCCAGAAGUGUUUAUUCAGAACGCCUCAAAAGAGGAAUUUGAAUGUGAAGACCAAGAAUGGCCAGAAAUUAAACACCUCCUGCAAGAACACAGAUGUGUCAAAUAGCACAGUAAACAUCAGGGUGCCAAAGAAGGUAUCUUCUCAAUGUCUGGGGAGCUAUGUAGCUCCUUAGUCAUUCUGAGGGGAUCCUGUGUCUAGAACAGCACAUAAAAAUCCCCACAAGAGGUUCCCAAUCGAGGAGCCCCUAAUUCAUAACUUUAUAU